AAAUAAAAAAUAUUAUUUAUGGGCAGUGGAGACCAAAGCUAGAGUGCGCCGGAGGGGAGCCGAGUCUUCUUGGCUUGUGCCUAGGGUUUGCGAGACACUGAAACAGUCGAACUCUCUACUGCAUAUGAACAGGUCGUACUUGGGUUUUGGAAGGUUAGGUGCGAGGGUAGGAUUUAAUGAUUUGGAGCAAUAUAGUGAAAGUAACAUGUGGGUUCUGCCCAGAUCAAGCUCAAUCUCGUAAUUCGAAUCCUUACCUUUAUAACUAAUCCAAGGUUGGAAGAGAGAUGGGUCUUGGAGAAGGAGGUCGUCCUUGGAGCGUCUUUGAUGGUGUGAAGACUAUUCCAACAACGCCUGAAGCUCUCAUGAUGGAGAUUAAUUCAGCCAUUGCUGCUUUUGAGUAUGCCCAUGCUACCGACGGCCUUAACUCUCCUCCUCCUUCUCUGUCAGAUAAUAAAAACGCAGAUUCAAAUGUGAGACAUCAAUAUGAUGCCCGAAUAGCAGAUGAAGCCUAUAGGGCAGGAUGUGCAGCCCUGGGUGCAGGAAAGCUCGAUGAGGCUCUUCAUUGUUUGAACAUUUCUCUCUCCAAGUGCCCACCUCAUAAGUCUUCUGCUGUUGCUAAGCUUCAAUCUCUCAUAUCUCUUACAUCUCAGCAACUUCAGAAGACCUAAUUGAGUUAAUUGCCGAUGCUUGCAUUUGAUAGAUACUGUGUUCUUCCAGCUGAAAUUGGAAAGAAAGAGAUCCUGUACAGUUGUAAUAUUUUACUUGAUCCAUGUUUGGACACACAGGGGGUUGGGGUUCAGGCGAUAUGGAGCAACAUUUUCAGAAAUCAAAACAAGAGAUUAUGAUUUAUACACUAAUGGAGGACUUUAUGUAAGAUGCGGAUGCUCAUUUGCCAUUUGCUUAAUUGUGUGACUUAAGAGUGUGAUAUGGUUUGUUCUGCUUGCCAUGCAGGCUUAAAUAGUUGGUGUUGGAUACACUAAUGUAAUUAUAAGCACAUUAGAAUCAGUGAUAUCUGUAUUUUUUGAAUAUAUUUGUCAUGUUCUUAGAUUAGCUUGUCGAUAUUGGCCUCCCAGAAAUGUUGUGAAGUCGAUAUUUGUCUGGCUGCACAUUUAUAUUUGUUCAUCAGGUGAUGUUAAAUAGGUGACAGAACUAGGUCUUAAGGAUCUGGAAUCAGAACCCAGUCACAUUUUGGCUGUAGGGACGAGUAGAGGACUCUAUCAAGACAUGUUUUGACCUAUGUUAAAACUAGUGAACAUGAGUCAGCUAGAAGGAAUGGGUGAUUGCAUGGCCUUCCGUUCUAAUUGAAAUGCCAUUGCAUUUCUGUUAAGAAAGUUACUGGAAAUGCUUGAGUGUGAAAAUGUGACGACAGUGCAGAAGGUAUGUUUUACCAUUCUGGAUGUUUGUACAAAACACACCACUCUGCACUUGGAUUAAACUCUUUUCCCCCCACUCUUUUGGGUGGGAGGAAUGGCUACUCACACCUGUUUUUCCUAAUCAUUUCGAUUAGAACACAUUCCACCAUUGGGCCCUAUGGUCAGUGUCUUUUACUUAAUUUUUCUACGGGCAGAAAAUAACAUCUUUGAACAAGGUGUCAUUCUCUGCGAUGCUGUCAAGCAGUCUUCAUGGUUUGGUAUCAUGUCAUAGUUUCCACCCUAACUUCAUCUCAAAGUUAGACACCCUAAAGCCACAUCCAUUUGGAACCAGUUUUGAGGUAUACAAGUUAAGCCCAUUUGUUAAACUGUCUCCUGCUCCUUGUAACUUUGUCUUUACUCCAAAGGAAUAGAUAAUCAAAAUUUUGAAUAAGCUGAAAGGCCACCAUCACAAAGUGCAGUACAUUUCUCAACACUGACCCGUGUUAUAAGUAUGCGCUCUGUAUUUAUCUAAUCUUACAGUCAUUGAGCAAAGUCCACCACCCUUUCCAAUAUGAGUGUAUUCUACCAAGAAAAGCCACCGAAUCCUUCCAAGAGAUUGAAUUUCCUUGCUUCUGUCUUGAAGGAUGCUUGCAUCAACUGCCAUACCUUCCGGGAACCACCAUCUCCUCCACACCCUGAGGAGGAUAAUCCAACUAGUGAUUUCCAUGAUGAACACGAAGUGGUUGUUUCUGCAAUUCGAAGUCGAGCCACGGAAGCCAACUUGAGACGCAAGGCAAGCCUCAGCACAGGCAACUUUUUCUGGGUCUUCACUUCAACAACAGGGGAAGUGUUCACAACGCCAGAAGCUCUGAAGCAAACAAAGGAUAACAAUGGAGAAUGCAGCGGCGAUGAUGAUGACAACGAGAGGGAGGAGUUUCUAUCCGUUCAGAGCUACUUUUCCCACUCCUCAAGCGCUCGAAGCAGGGAUGAAUUCUUUUCCAUCAAGACAAACAUAAACCUUUUGCGCUCCAGGAGUUUGAGCGGGCUUGAUUUUCCUGAUUUUCGCAGGCGCUCAAUAAUUCAUAAGUUGCGUCAUUGUGAGGGGUGGCCGUUCGGUCUGUGCCGAAAGGCGUUGCUGCUUCCCCCUCUGCCCAAAUCGCCUACGGAGUCUUGGUCAUGGCGGAAAGGCAGUAGAAUAAUUUAGUAACCAAAAUCUGAAAAUCUUCUCUUUUUGCUGUGCGUAAUCUAGAGAGAGAGAAUAAGAAAAAGAGAGAGAUCCAUUCGAGGAGCUAAGCUUUAAAAUUAUCUCAAUGGGCAACAUGCCUGGGAAAGAAGUAGGAAGAGUGGAUGCAUGUCAUGAAUGUGUAGAAAUUUUUGAGUUAGAUAGUCCAUCCAUAAUAUCUUUUGGACAAUAAAAUUUUUGAUUUCUGCAUAA